CCAAUGCUGUAGGCGGAUGGAUAUCACUGUUAACAGUGAAAUUUGAAACAUUUUGUGAAGCUUGAGUUUUUUUGUUUUAAUUUUUUUACUGUACAGAAACUUCAGGGUUAUGUGUUCCUGAGAACAAAUGAUAACGUUCUAGUGAAUAACGUUCUAGUGUCAUAAGAAAAAAGAACGAUUGGGUGGGUGCUUAUCAUGCACUAUUUUAUGACGCGAGUGUGUCAGAAUUGAUUGGAAUAGUUCCUCGGUUCGGGCCAUCUUUGGGUGUCUUCAGCAGCCGCUGGUAACUCCCAUCACUAAAUGCAUGUCACAUCAAUUUAAAAGGCCUAAUAAAACAUUGAUGCUCCCUGGCAGUAAUUCGGUGGAAAGAGACUGAGUAAAUACGCAAAAGUAGUAGAUUGUAUUACAAAAGGGUUUUGUUUUUUUGGCAUAGUGAAUUAACUUGCAAAGACAACGAGUUGGAACCAACAUGGAUGAGGAAUAUGAUGUGAUCGUACUAGGAACUGGACUUACGGAGUGCAUCCUCUCUGGGAUCAUGUCUGUGAAUGGGAAGAAGGUACUGCACAUGGACAGGAACCCGUACUAUGGAGGAGAGAGCUCCUCAAUCACUCCUCUGGAGGAGCUGUACAAACGCUUUGACCUGCCAGACAGCCCCCCAGAGUCUAUGGGGAGAGGAAGGGACUGGAACGUGGACCUGAUCCCAAAAUUUCUUAUGGCGAAUGGCCAGCUUGUAAAGAUGCUGCUCUAUACAGAAGUGACCAGAUAUCUGGAUUUCAAAGUGGUGGAAGGCAGUUUUGUGUACAAGGGAGGGAAGAUUUAUAAAGUCCCCUCAACUGAAGCAGAGGCACUUGCUUCAAAUCUAAUGGGUAUGUUUGAAAAGAGAAGGUUCCGGAAGUUCCUUGUCUUUGUGGCCAGCUUUGAUGAGAAUGACCCCAAAACCUUUGAAGGGGUUGAUCCCAAAAUCACCACAAUGGGAGAGGUGUACAAGAAGUUUGACCUGGGCCAAGACGUCGUGGACUUCACAGGCCAUGCCCUGGCUCUCUAUAGAACAGACGAUUACCUUGAGCAGCCAUGUCUGGAGACCAUAAAUCGCAUCAAGCUGUACAGUGAGUCUCUGGCCCGUUAUGGAAAGAGUCCCUACCUGUACCCACUCUACGGUCUGGGAGAACUUCCACAGGGCUUUGCCAGGUUAAGUGCAAUCUAUGGGGGAACCUAUAUGCUGAACAAACCUGUGGAGGAAAUUGUGAUCGAAGGCGGCCAUGUGGUGGGAGUGAAAUCUGAGGGAGAGGUGGCACGGUGCAAGCAGCUGAUCUGUGACCCCAGCUACAUCCCGGACCGCGUCAAGAAGGUGGGCCAGGUGAUCCGGGUCAUCUGCAUCCUAAGCCAUCCCAUCGAGAGCACCAACGAUGCCAACUCCUGCCAGAUCAUCAUCCCCCAGAACCAGCUCAACCGCUCCUCAGAUAUCUACGUGUGCAUGAUCUCGUACGCCCAUAACGUGGCCGCUCAGGGGAAGUACAUCGCCAUCGUCAGCACCACUGUGGAGACCGACUCCCCUGAGGCCGAGGUGGAGCCGGCACUGGAGUUGAUCAAGCCCAUAGACGAGAAGUUUGUGGCCAUCAGUGAUCUAUAUGAGCCUACUGAUGAUGGAACCGAAAGCCAGAUCUUUGCUUCUCGGGCUUAUGACGCCACUACCCACUUUGAGACCACCUGCAACGACAUCAAGGACAUCUACAAGCGCAUGACGGGCACCGACUUUGACUUUGAGAACAUGAAGCGUAAACAAAAAGAUGUGUUCGGUGAAGAUGAGCCGUAAGAUAGGAGGGGCCGAAGGGGGUGGGGGGUUAUGGUGCAGGCUGAAUCGCCAUAGAAGGGUUGGAGGGAAGGGAGAGAUUCAGGUCAUUAUGAGAUUCCAUGAAAGCUGUGGUCGGCAGGACCGGGUUUCUGUUUGAAUGACGAGAUGGAAUGUUCUAGAAGGAUUAGCGAUAUCAGUGCCCCCCCUCUUCCCUUAGGCACAUUUCAUCAGACUGCUCGUCUCACACUUGUCUCACACACUGCACCUAUACAAUGGAUCAGCCAUUGGUGACCACACUCACUACACCAUCCGGUCUGCUACCCGCUGCCCUCCUUCUGCCUCUGUGUGUGUGUGAGUGAGAAUGUGUUUGUGUGUUGUGUGUGUUUGUGUUAGAGAGGGUUGCGCUUGUGCAGUCAGGGGGACUCUUUUGGUUCAUCACUGCUUUUAAAACACGAUAUGCAAGUUUUCCCUUUUUAUUUGGUAUUUGAACCACUUACUACUUGCUGGCCUUGCUUCAUACAUGCAUUUAGCAUUGAUGUGUCUGUCAUUGCCUAACACAAACAAGCACUUCCUUUUUAAAUGUUUCCUGUGGAACUAUGUGGCCUCAGAAUUGUUCUUUAAUCUCUUUCACAACUCACCUUGGAGUAAUGAUAGUGAUGACUUGUUUUGUUUGGAGCUAUAAGUAAUUGUUCUAACUUGACAGGCCUAACUGACACAUGUUAGGGAAGUCUCUCUUCACCACUAUAUUGUCUUUCCUCAAUACGUUUAUUUAUUUAAAUUAAACCGUUAAAAUAG